GUUUCCACAGACGAGUAACUUUUGGAAGGAAAUAUUGGAAAAAUACAGGGCAAAGGGAAACUGAUCCGUCUUUUUUAUCCGUGAAUCUUAGUCUAAACAGGACGUUGUUCACUUUGUAACCAGGAUAGGUAGAACGAAAUGAGCUGUUUGUGGUCCAUAGCAACUAUUAUACUUUUGCAAUGCGUAAUAAAAGUGUUCAGCGAACCUAACAAAGGACACCAGAAUAACAACGCUUUGCAUGGUGACAGACACACAGGACAUCAAAUGAAUCUCCGCCACAGGACUCAUGAAAGACACAUUGCAUUGAAACAUACAGCAGCAGCUGGUGCGCAGAGAGAAACUGUCCCAAGUCCUGUCCAAGACUUUGUUCUCGUCAGUGGUAGUCCUCUGUUUCACGAGCGAUCGCCCGCUAGUGAUAGCAAAGCUAAUGCCCCAACGGAUUCUGUACAAGAAGCAAAAGAUCAGAAAGUACCGCAGAUGACUCGAGGGAACAAAACGGCUGCAAACCAGACACUCGCCAAGGCACAGGGACAAGAAACUCUAGCUAGCAAGCAAGAACCCAACGAGCAGCAAAAGCAAGAAUCAGGCGGUCUAACUGGAACUGCCGAAAGAAAUGGAAAUAGCACUCAAGAAUCAACAGAAUCGUCUAAGCCUUCCCCAGAAUUUGUCCAAGAAUUGGCAAAAAAGAUUAAAGAAAGUCUGAACAUAGGGAAGGAUGAAGGAAAGAAGGAAAAUGGGACACAAUCCAAUACCCCAGCAAUAUCCCUUACAUUAAAAACGCCUGGUAAAACUAAUGCGUCAAGCGGAGUAGUGAUUGGUUUAGAAAACAAACCAGCAGCUAAUGCCGAGCAAGGAAAACCCGUUGGUGAGAAUGCUUCCGUACAAGUUGUCAACAUUUCGCCCAGUAGCCAGAGCACUGACCUUUCAAGUCCUGGUAAUGACGGGAACAAAGGAAGCAAAACAACCACAACUACUGCUGCGGACGUGAAGCCUGAAGCACAAGAUAAGAAACCAAGCAAUGGAAAUUUUCCUUUCAACGUGCCUGGAGUUCGAAAUGCCGGAAAUGGGACAGUUGGCAACAAAGGAGUGGAUUCCAACAAUCAAAUAGCAGAGAAAGACAAGAAACUUGGGCUCAAUGAAGGCCUUGGGCCCAACUGUCACUGGAAGACUAUAAAGGGUGCCAAUGGUGCUUUAGUCACAUCAGUUGCAUGUUCAGGGGAAUUUCACAGACCUGAGGUUAGCAAAGGUGGCUCGGACGAGGCAGCUAAGAAGCCACAACCUGGCGAUGCUUCUAAAGUUGGUCCCAAGGAAAGUUCCACUCAACAGCCUACAGCUGUCAAUGCCUCCGUUUCUGAGACUGGCAAAAGCAACAAGGAGAUACAAACGCAAAGUGAUGAGGAGUUUGAAAUGGAAGCAGUUGGCACGACCAACGCGUUCCGUAAAAUACACCGCGCCCUUCCGAUUAAGCUCGACCCGAAGCUUAAUCUGGAAGCAAAGAAGUAUGCCGAAAAGAUUGCCGGAAUGGGCUCGCUUCAGCAUGACUACGAUGCCGUAAGACAAAGUGACGAAGGAGAGAAUCUUGCAAUGGGCUGUAAGGAGUAUGGAGUCCCUCUAACCGCCAAGGAGGCCAUAACAAACUGGUAUAAUGAGGUGUGCUCUUACGACUUUGACCGAGGAGAGUUCAGUAUGUCUUCAGGUCAUUUCACGCAGGUUGUCUGGGCUGAUAGUCAUGAAUUCGGGAUUGGAAAGGCAGCUGGGUACCAGAACGGAAUGCCGUGCGUUUUCGUUGUGGGACGCUUCAAGCCCUCUGGAAAUUACAAGGGAGAGUACAGGAGGAACGUCUUCAAAGGAACAUUUGAUCCAAGUUAUUGCGAUAAAUUACGAGAUAAAAAAUCUCAGACACCCGCUGUGCAUUUUUCAAGGCUGGUUGACUCAUUACUGAUAAAAUGGGACACCAAGAUAAAAACCCUCAAGUUAUUUAGUAUGAAGACACGUUUGACAUUCCGGACUAGAACAGUGUUGCUUUGUCUUUUGAACUUUUUGCUGGCGGGAUAUGCACAUUCCUAUAGCCAGAAUACUGGAAUUGAUAAAUCUCGCCAACCGAGUGAACAGAGUGUAUGGGAGAUCCCUUCAGUGUCUCAUCUUCUAAAAGGCUUGGAUGUCUUCGAGCAAUUGACUUCAAAUGGAAAAUCUUUUGACCACAAAAACGCCAAAAAACCUAUUAGUAUACCUUGGAGACCCCCUAAUGCUUUCAUAAAGCUUUUCUCUACUCGGAAAAAAUUUAUUCACGAGUGGCUCCAUAAACUUCUGAAUUCAAGAAUUCAAACCAGGCAAGAUAUGAAACAGUUAACAACACUUAACUCUAAAGAACGUCCUGAGAAGGUAGGAAGUUUUCAAAUUUCUGACGGAAGGGUAAAUGGAAAAGGCGAAUAUGCCAUUUCACCUGACCAAAAUGACUUUGAACUAAAACUGAAUCUUAAAAUAAACGGAAAACAUCGAUAUCAGCAGCAGUAUAAGCAAGAACAGCAACACAACCCAAAACCGAAUCUACGAAAACAGCGACCACCACAGCCAAACCAACCAAGGCCGACUACAACAAAUUGCAUUCAUUCCCCGUUUGAACAAGAAGCGUUGAGUAUACACAACAGAUACCGAACAAUGCACCGUGCGCCUGCGCUUACACUGAGUUGUGACAUGAGUAAAAAUGCAGCAGAUUACGCCCGCACACUGGCAGAUAUGGACACUCUGGUGCAGUCUGGAUAUACUGAAAGACCUAAUCAAGGCGAAAAUCUUUCUCUUGGUUGCCAUGGCAGCGGAGAGCAGACUGCUGAGGAAGCAAUAAAAACAUGGUUUGACGAAGUGUGCCAUUACACAUUUGGCAAAGAAGGUCCACAGUCGGGUACCAAUCAUUUCACGCAGUUGGUCUGGAAAGACAGCAGGGAGCUGGGAAUAGGAAAAGCAUCAAAAAAGCAACCUAAUGGAGAAACAUGCACGUUUAUUGUCGCACGCUAUAAGCCUUUAGGAAACUUUGAGAGUGGUGAUGAUGCCUACGUAAAAAAUGUCGAGAAAGGAACUUUUGAUGAAACUUACUGCCGAAAUAUCCCGAAAGCAGGUUUAGAAGGAGGAUAUGGUUUCAAGAGAUUUCAAAGUCCAAGUUUAAUUGAGAAUUAUGGUGGAUGAUGAACAGAAACUCUCACUAUAUAUUUUACUCCCAAAUUCAGUGGGAAGAUUUGAUGCAUAAG